AUGGAGACUCAGAAAAUGAUCAAUCAAAUUAAUGAAGACAGCGGUAAGAUAACCAAAACAAAUUAUAAAGAAAAAUCUUUAGGACCUGACUAUGGUAAAAAUUAUAUUAAUACAUGUACAGAAUGCAAUUCAAAUAAUUUUAAUAACUUAAAAAUAUCGCAAAAUGAAAUAAAUACUAAAAUAUAUUUGCCUAAAGAAAUUGAUAAUGAUAAUUCUCUAAAAGAAAUGAACAAAUUAUGUAAUAAAAAUUCUGAACAAAAUAAUAUUGAAAAUAGAUACUUUUUUUCGCUAGACAGAAAUAGAAAUAUAAAUUGUGAUAAUUGCCAUAAUAAAAGUAGAGAUAAAAUAAAAGAAAUAGAUAAAGAUACUUUCUUUUUUUUAAAAAAUGAUGAAUAUCGUAAUUGUUUAGAUGCAGAAAAUAAUUACUGCUGUAAUGAUUCUAAUAUAGUUACACAAAAAAUUUAUGAAAUAAAUAAUUUUAAAAAUAAUGGACAUGAAAAUAUAAACAAUAUAAAUGAUGAUACAAAUCGAAUCUACUUUUCAAAUAAGUUAGUAGAUCCAAUUGAUAAUACAAUUAUAAAAACAGACAAUAUUAGAAAAAAGGUUCAUGAAAUAUAUAUUUCCCAUUUUAAACAACCAGAAAUUUAUAAUGUUCAACCUGAAAAUAAUUUUGGAGAUUUAUUGGAUAGUAGAAAUUUAUUCACAAGUUAUUAUACGGAUUGGGAUCUUGAAUUAAGAAAUAUCAAAAAAAAUGAUAAAAUAAAAAAAAUGAAUAAUUUAUCUAAUAUUGAAAAUAAAGUAGAUGUAAAAAAUGAUCCCAUUACAGAAUUGCCUCUAAAUAUGGAUAAUAAAACUUUACAGGAUAUUCCAAAUUCUUUACAAAAUAUAAAAGAGCACACAUGUACAUAUACAAAUAUGGAUAACAUUUCUGAUAAAACGAAAUAUGAGCAGUACAAUAAUAAGCCAAAAAUUGUAGAACCCUACCAUAGAUGCAAAGAUAAGUUAAAUAUAGAUGCAGAUAAUAAGGCAAUACAUAUGGACGAAGUACAUAAUAUACAUUAUGAUAUAAGAAAUGAGAAAAAGGAAUUUGUAAAUAUAAAUAAUAAUGAUACUACUAGGAUGGGAUACAAAGAUAUGCCACUACACUUACAUGAUGUACAUACAUUUAAUGAACUAGCCAAAAAUAAAUUUAUUAUGAAUGAAAAUUAUGAUGAUUCUAAAAAAAUGAACAAUAUUAUGAACAAGUCAGAAAAUAAUAAUAUUAUUUAUGAUAACUCUAAUAAUUAUCUUGAAGAAACAAAAAAUGGGGCCAAAUGUUUUAAAAAUUAUGAUAGCUACUAUGGUUGUUCAAACUUGAUGAAUCUUAAAAAUGAUAUACCAAAUAAAGGAAAUAAUGAAAAUUGCAUAAGUUGUAAUAACAGUUGUUUGAUGCAAGAACAAAUAGGUAAACAUGAUGAGAAGGAAAUUAGAAAUUUAAAAAAUUAUAAGUUUGGAAUUAUUUCCCCAAUAAAACAUCCUAAGAAUGUAGAUACUGAACAGAAUGUAAGAAAAAAUAAUUUAAUUAAUGAAAAUAGUUUAUAUAAUAUGCAAAAAAUAUAUUUAAGAAAAUGUGGAGGAGAAAAACAAGUAAAUAAAUUACCUAUAUAUAAUAUAAUUGGAUUAAAAAAAGAAUCAAAUUCUGUUUUAUGUCCAUCCUCAAAACCUUGUGUGGCUAGCCAAAAUAACAUUCAUUUUAUACCUCCUAAUGAUAUUACACUAUUUAAAGGUAAUAAUAUCUCUUAUUAUAAAAUAAAAAAUAAUUUAAUAAAAAAAACAAAAAAUAUGAAUGAUAAUACAGAAAGUGAAAAUAUGGGUAAAGAUGAAAAUACAGACAAUUAUUUUAGUAGUCGAUUAAAAGGAGAAAUUAGUAAAAUUAUGCAAACAAAUAAAACUAGCCGAACUUGUGCAUAUUCACCUAAAGCUGCAUCUAAAUAUAAUGGUAUAAAUUUAUUAAAAUGCUUUAAAAUAAAUUUUGAAAAAGGAAAAUGUUUACGGAUUGGAAAUAACCAUAAUGUUGUAAGUCCUGAUAAGCGACAUGAAUUUAUUAUCAAAAAAAGAGGAUACUGUAAAAAUGUAGAACAAGUAGAAAAAAAUAAAAACGACGAUCAUGGUAAUAGUUUGAAAAGUAACUUACUCGAAUCUGUUGAUGCUUUUUUCCAUAAUUUUAGAAAUAAUUCAAAUCCAACAUCAUAUAAAGAAACAAAUAAAACUUCCCAUUUUAAUAGUGAGCCAUUUAAAAAAGAUAAGACAUUAGAAGAUAGUUUGAGAAUUACAAAACAUGUAAAUAAAGAUAAAAUUAUAAAAACAGAAAAUAGUGACAAUAGUGGAAGUGGGGAAGAAAACAUAGAUGGAUUAAAUAUUAACAAAAAAAAUGAUAUAAAAAUUUAUAAAGAAAUAAAGGAAAAGACUGAAAGUAAUUAUAUAAAUAAUAAAGAGGAACCCUUCAAAAAUGUAAAAGACAAGAUCAAGCCAAGUUUUUGUGAAAAAAAUAAAAUAGUAAAAGAAAGUAACUUAAAAAAUUAUAAUAUCAAAGAAAAUUCUGAAAAGAUUUUAUUAACUAUCCAAUGGAAUGUAAAAAAAAUAUCUUUGUUAUGCUCAAGUGAAAAUAAUUAUGUUGUAUCCCCAGAAUUUAAAACAGAAACAAUUAUCAAUGAUUUUUUUAUAUUAUUAAAUAUAAAUAAUAAAAUAAAUUCAUCUUAUAAUAAUUAUAUUGAUUUAUUAUUUUCUUAUACUGGAUUUUGUGAUAUCAUAUAUUCAGUAACUUGUGGAAUUUAUAAAAAAAAAUAUUGCUUUUACAACUAUUCUGCAUUUCCUUGGUUUGGCUAUAAUAAUUGGGGUAUACUAAAAAACUGUAUAAAUAAUGAUUCGAUAUCUAUUAAAAUUGAUAUUCAUGAAAUUAUAAAAAAAAAUAAUAAUGUAAAAGAUGCUUAUAUAAAUAAUAUUAUUUCUUCAUUUAAAGGGAAAGAAAAUCCUGUCUAUUUUAAAACAAAUUUUAAUGAAACAGGAACCCAAGUAAUUAAUAAAAAUAUCGAUAAAAAAUUUACCAUCUAUAAUCAAAAUUAUAAAGAAAAUAAAUUAGACUCUGAAACAAAUUCACAUAUAUGUCCUUUAAGUACCAAAGUAAUAUUAAAUCCAUCUUCUGAAGCUACUAAUUAUUACAACAGUUUAUGCAGCAAAUAUAUUAAUCCCAGUAAUAAAAAAAACGCAUGUACAAACAACAAACUAGCGAAUGUAGAGAAGAAAAAUUCGUCUUUUUUACCACUAUCAGAUUGUUAA